CGCACACGUGCAGCGCCAUUUUGAUUUGUUGGCGGUUGCGGGUUGGGGCCGGUGAAAGCUGUACACCGGGCUCCGGGCCCUCAGCAUGGCCGCAACACGGUACCGCCGCUUCCUGAAACUCUGUGAGGAGUGGCCUCUCGAUCACACCAAGAAGGGGCGUGAUCUCGGGGCUUUCAUCCGGCAGAGAGUGGCGCAAUGUUUCCGAGAAGGGGAGAGCUCCCAGAUUGCAGAUCCAGAGAAAUGUGACCGGAUGUAUGAAAGUUUAGCCAGAAUUAAUUCUGGUUAUUACAAAAACAAGUACCCUCGUCUCAGAAACACAAGCUUUACUGGUGUAACGGUGGAAGAGUGCCAAAUGGUUCUUGCAACAGAUAACAUGAAACAAAUGGAAGAAAUGAAGAAAGGUAUGUGGAAAAAGAUAAGAGAGAAGUUCACAGGCAAGCCAGAGGAUGCCACCAAGGAAUAUGUCUAAUAGUUGUACAUUGGAAACAUUAAUGCCUAAUCUUAUUUUCUGCCAUUUCUAAAUAAUAAAGAUCUCAUUUCUAGGUAGACUUUUUUAUAAUUGUGUAGAUGUUUAUGGAAAUAAAAUGUUAAAUUAAUAAAGACUUGUUAAAAAUA